CGGAAGUAGUUUGCUCCUCUGUCGUCCAGCUGCAUGAACUUUCGCUUCGUUCCACCACAUCAAGAUGGACUGGAAUGAAGAUGGUAAUGGUCACAGCCACAUGCACAACAACUGUCACCACGGGCAUCCAGGUCAUUCUCACAGUCAUGGGCCAAGAGCAGCAGCAUUUGGUGGGAUGCCACAGCUGUACACACCUGCCUUUGGACAGUUAGGCAAAACCAUAGACCAGACAAUGGACAUCAGUCAGCAGCCGAAAAAACGCUCACACAUGGAUGACAGCAGUAGUUGGGACAUAGUGAAGGCAACACAGUUUGGUAUCAUUGAGCGCUGCAAGGAGCUGGUGGAGGCAGGGCACGACGUCAGGCAGCCUGACAAAGAGAACGUCACUCUGCUGCACUGGGCGGCCAUCAACAACCGCUCCGAGCUGGUCAAAUAUUAUAUGUCCAAAGGUGCCAUAGUUGAUCAGCUUGGAGGAGACCUCAACUCUACCCCACUUCACUGGGCAAUCAGGCAGGGCCACCUCCCCAUGGUGAUUCAGCUGUUGAGAUAUGGAGCAGACCUCUCCCUCGCAGAUGGAGAGGGUUACCAUGCACUCCACCUCGCCAUCCUCUUCCAACACAUGGCCGUGGCAGCUUAUCUUAUGGCUAAGGGACAGGAAGUCGAUGGGCCUGACUCUAACGGCCAGACACCCCUGAUGCUGGCAGCCCAGAAGAUUAUUGGGCCUGAGCCCACCAACUUUCUUAUAAAAAAUAACGCCUCUGUGAGUGCUGUGGACAAAGUGAACAGGAACACGCCGUUGCAUUGCGCAGUGCUGGCAGGAAACGUGGAUGCUGCCCACAUCCUGCUGGAGGCUGGAGCCAGUGUGGAUGCUGAAAAUAUUAACGGGCACACGCCUAUCGACCUGGCCCACCAAGUGCACAGCCCACUGCUCAUCCACAUGCUGAACCAUGUCAAACAGGAGAGGAUUCGCUCCAACUCACGCUGCCUCCGGAUUGUCAACAGAUACAGGGUUUUUUUGCAGUUCUUAUUCUUAACUGCCAUGUUUGGAUGUGUGGGUGCUAUAGCUGACAUGAACUCAGAGUCCUGGUUACUCAAAGGAAUCUUGUUGGCCUGCGUAAUAGGUGUACUCAAUCUGGUCUCAAGGAACUUCCCGAGCCCAGAGUUUCAGUCUCUGCUGCCAUCUUCAGCUCUCAUGGCUUCAGUCUUCUGGAUGCUCGUCACCUGGUACCUCUGGUUCCUGCCAGAUGGACAUAGUACCACAGUUCAGGUUCUGUUCACUGUCAACGCCACCGCUCUGCUGUACUACUACCUUCGUACCUGCAGGACCGACCCAGGUUUCAUCAAAACAACAGAAGAAAAGAAGAAAAUGAACGUGUUGGUGUUAGCUGAGGCGGGUUGUCUGGACCCCAGAAUAUUUUGCACUUCUUGUAUGGUGAGGAAACCACUAAGAGCGAUUCACUGCUUCGGCUGUGAUGCAUGUGUAGCAAAACAAGACCACCACUCCGUGUGGACCAACACCUGCAUUGGUGCGAGGAACCAUUACUACUUCAUCCUCUUUCUACUCGCCCUCACUCUGUUUGGAGCCUGGAUGUUCUACGGUUGUUUCAUGUACUGGUCUGCCCACUGUGCGCUGCAUUAUGAGGAUCAGGGGCUGUGGGGCGCCAUCUCAGCCCUGGUCACCUGCUCUCCCUGGGUGCUCAGCAUCUCCUUGGUCUCUUUAUAUCAUACUCUCUGGUCUGGUUUUUUCCUGCUGCUGCAACUCUACCAGAUUGCAUUCCUGGGAAUAACCACAGCAGAACGAGCGACUCUGAUGUUCCAACAAAGGAAACUGAGGCAGUCUGUUUCACUGAGACAGAAUCCUUUCAAUGAGGGCGUGGUGAAGAACUUGGUGACAUUCUUCCAGCUGCGUUGUUGUGGCCUCUUUAAACCGGCUGUUGUUGACUGGACGCUGCAGUUUCCACCUCACCGAGACCAGUACCUGCUUGAACAAGCCAACAUGGUCUGACCUCCUUCCCUCCCACACUCAGGGUCAGACUUUGGUUCUGGACCAAAAGCACAGAAUGUAUUUAUUUAUCUUUUUUAUGUGUUGGCUCUUUGUAAAAGGAGACCACCAUGCUAAAGGUUGGGAAAACAGAAAACAAUGUGUGGAUUAGAAAAUGACUCAGCUUAUCUUUGUACAGACUGCUGCUGCCUUAUACUUGACCAGUGUAAGUGAAAAGAAAAUCAGAAGGGAAUAAAUAACCUUUUAAGGCCUAAAUUGUAACUGAGGCUUUGUGGUGUUUUUAUGAACACCACAAAGGCUAUUUUUUAGCCUAUUUUUAUCAUCUGUUCUUGGAAAAAUAUCUUUGUAGAUGUAAACGGUUUGUUUUAUGACUUUUGUAUAAGUUGCAUGCGUUUAAUAACAAAGGACCACUAUAAUUCUUCAAUAAAGCAACAUUGUGCCUGU